AUGCUGAACAAAGAAUGGUGUAGAAGCGACAUUGAGCGCAUCCGCCAGUCAUUCUACGGUCUUGCGACCCGGCAUUUCUUAAGCCACCUACAGAAGCCCAGGACCUUCUCACACAGCUCAUGCUCCGUCCAGAUGUGCAGCGCGGCCCAGAUCAAUACCAGCACAUACGCUCUGACCCAUGUCAAAGAUUGUGCUGGCUGUGACAUCAUCGGCAUUGAUCAAGAAGACGUCAAGUCCAUUCUCAAGAGCAGCUCGAGUGCCGACGCAUUCCCAGUCCUCCGUUUCGACUUCUCGGAAAACGGGGACGGCAAGGUGGUUCGCAUCCAUGUCGAGAUGUACAACGCCGACAAGCCUUACGUUGCUCUGUCGCAUGUCUGGGCUGAUGGCCUCGGCAACCCAAGAGAUAAUUCCUCCAUCGAGGAGAAGAAGAUUGCGCUCCAGCGAAUAGCGGCCGUCUACCGGAAUGCAGCCCAUGUACUCGUUCUCGACCAGUCCAUAUACCCGUUUCCGUCCCACGGCGAAGGCGCAACCAAGACGGCGGAAAACUGUUUACGCAUGGUGGGAUCUGCCACGUGGAUGAGGCGGCUGUGGACCCUCCAAGAGGAUGCUUUGGCCGAGUCGUUGUACUUCCAGUUCCAGGAUAGAGCAAUCAGCCUGGUUCAAGAGUCCAACAAGCUCCACGAAUUUGCGUUGCUCGACCUUCGCUACAAGCCUAUUGCCGACGACGUUUCCCUGAUGUUCGGAGUCUCUCAACUGCCACCGUCGACCGAUCCCACAUCAGAUGAAGAUGCCCAAGAGUCUCAAUGGCAAAAAAACAGGCGCUACCUAGACCAAGUCGAGACAAUUCAAACAUCACUGUACUUCCGCAGCGUGUCGGUGGCAAGCGACGAGCCCCUCUCCAUCGCCACCCUCCUCUCGCUCGACCCUAGAGUGAUGACGGAGGUGAAGUCGUGUCGACAGGAACGCAUGGCCACCGUCUGGAGGCUUUUGGCCGAGAAAUGCGGUGGCUUCUUUCUACUACGGGUCAUCUUCUACAACGACCAGCGGCUUGGACUGUCAUCGCUGCGCGGAUGGAGAUGGGCGCCCAAGACGUUGCUCCCACAGCUCGAGACGGGCUUCAGCUACGACACCGCACAAGCAGACUCGACCCCUGGGCGGAAUCUACCGCAAAGAUGGGAGUGCGCAUCGCUCUCCGGCCAUGGGCCGAGCACGAGAGCGGCCGGCUUUGGCCGUGGAACCUAUUCACGCAUGCGCGGAGAGCACAUCCAGGCCUGGACCUGGGACGAAUGGAAAAGACGCGACGCGGAGCUGCUCGAAGAGGACAAGAUGCAGCCGGUCGAAGGGGAGCGGCCCUCGCAGCCCAUCUUCAACGAGCUGUGCCGAGGCGAGCUUGCUCUGAUCAAAGACACCAAACUGUCGGGACACGUCGAGGUCUAUCUCCUCGCCCGGGUGCAGCAGCAGCCGACAACAGAGGAGGACAAGGAUGACGGGUCGCUUCACGUGCACGCCUGCCUCCCCCUGUCAGUCACGGAGAUCGCCAGCCCGAUCUGGCCGGGCUUGGACAUGCUCCGGGGCAUGGUGGAGCAGGUUUCCAGGUCGGACAUCAACAAGGAGCUGCUCGACUUCUUGUUACUGCAGGAAGGCGAGCGCGAUCCUGACCCGAAAGUGGAUGGAGAGUACAAGCGAAUCGAGCAGGGUCUGCGGGCCGAGAUGCAGCGCGUCGCUACGGACACACUGGAGAGAGAUACGGACAAGCAUCUUGCGUGGGUUGCGGACGAAUUCAUCGGCGAAAACAAGCGAGGCGAUAUCUGGAAGGCCAUGGUCCUCCUCACGCCGUACGAAAUUUCCGUCAAGAGCCUUCCGGAUGACCAGGUUUGGGUUGGUGAUGGGCCUGUUGUCGGGGACGGACUGUGCCAUGAAGCCUGCUGCAGCAGCUCAUCGUGA